AUGGCCAAGCCAUCCAUUCUCAUCGUAGGCGGAGGCGUCUUUGGUACCUCCACAGCCUACCACCUCUCACAAAGAGGUUAUGAAAACGUCACGGUGCUUGAUCGCUUCGACGCACCCUCCAAAGACUCUGCGGCAACCGACCUGAACAAGGUCGUACGCGCCGACUACCCCAACCCGUUAUACGCGAAGCUAGGCAUGGAGAGCAUGCAGGAGUGGAAGGACCCCAAAUCCAUCUUCGCAGGGAUGUAUCGAGAGAGCGGCUGGAUCAUGGCGGGCCACGGCCUGACGCGGGGAUGGCUUAAUAGCGCCAUGGAGACGGCCAAGAAGGCGGGUCGCGAGGGGGUGCGGUUCAUGACAGCCGGGGAGAUGAAAACGAGGUGGCCCGCUUUGACGGGUGAGUUCCCGGACUGGACCAACUUGUGGAGUCCUGCGGCUGGUUGGGUGCCGUCCGGACAAGCUCUGUUGAAAAUGGCAAACGCCGCCAAGUCACAGGGGGUCAAAUACAUCUGUGGAGAGUCCGGUUAUGCCAAGAGGCUCGUGUUAGACGGCAACGGGAAGUGCGAGGGUGUCUUGGCCGCAGACGGGACACUGCACAAGGCGGACAUAUUUGUGUUGUCCACUGGUGCCAAUACCGCAACCCUAGUUGACGCAAAGAAAGAAGUGGUGGCACAAACAUCAGUCAUCUGUGUGAUGAAGUUGGAGCCGCACGAGAUCGAAAAGUACAAGGAUAUGCCAAUCAUCGAUGACUUCGAGCAGGGCGAUUAUCCAGACGAUGGAUGCCCUAAGGAAGUCGAAGAUGAAAUGCGAACGUUUGUUAGAGAGAUGAUUCCAGAGCUGGCUGACCGGCCGUUCAUCUCUUCCAAAAUGUGCUGGGACGGUCUAGCCGGUGAUCUCAAUUUCAGAAUCUGCCCUUAUCCCGAAACUCAGAACUUAUUCGUUGCGACUAUUGGCUCAAAUCACGGAUUCAAGUUCCUCCCAAUCAUUGGCAAGUACGUCGCCGACAUGCUCGAAGGGAAGUUGGGCAAAGAAUUGCAGGAUCUCUGGGCUUGGAAAUUUGGAAAGGUUCCCGAUGAUUUCCAAGAUCCUCACCCGUGGCCGCUCCGCGAUAUCUCAGACUUAUCAGGUUGGAAAGGUCGAAAUGCGGCUGGCGACGGCAAACUCCCUUGGACAUGGAGUCGCCUCUAG